GAAAUAUAGACUAAAUAUCUAUGACAAGAGUUAUCUUAUUUUACUUUAGCUGAUGUUUAGUUUAUUGAAUUUUGUACUGAAGGUUGUUCUACGUUUUGGUUUUGGCGGCUUUAUUGGUACAGAAGUUUAAUCAACUUCCAGCAAGGUUAUUAUUGUUGAAUAAACUUAAAGUCAUUGUUGACUAUAUCGCUUUUCAUCAACAACAUAUUCUGGUGGCAAGUUAUGGCCAAUACAGGAAUGUGGACUGUGGUUUUUUUCGGUUGCGCCAUCUUAACCUGGUUUGAUUUCUGGGGAUUAAAAAGCAGCAGCAAUUCAGAGAAAAUCAUACCAACUCUAAAGAAACCAACAAACCCACUUCCUACACUUCAGUUCAUGUUUUGCGUUUCCUGAGGAUAUCGGCGGGUGUUCGAGGAGAUGUCACGGAUCGUCUUGCAAAAACAUCCAUCUUUUAUUAUAGAAGGCGAUACGUAUCCUCCACCCGCCUGGCGAGCUCACUUGGCAAAAUCCUUACAAUUCCUCAAAUAUUCCGUUAUUCUUAUUACAGUGUUUAAUUUCGACCCCUUUGGAUAUCUUGGUUACCCUACUCCUAACUUUGUCUCAUAUGCCAUGCAAAAUAAAGUUUCUUUCUGUCUGAUGACGUUUCUACUUGGAAAUAUUAUUGAAGGACAGUUGCUAUCUACAGGCGCUUUCGAAAUAUACUUAGAUGAUAUCCCAAUCUGGUCGAAAUUGUACACAAACCGUAUCCCUCAACCAGAAGAACUUCUUCACAUAAUUGACAGUCACGUAAAACUUCGAGAUUCGACAAAAACAAUACAAUCCGUCGGACCACCUAUGUAGUAUCUAAUGCACACUAUUGGCUUUAAUUUUCUUUACUGAUAAAAGCGCAAGGUCGUACCAUAUUUGAGCUUUUUCUGACUUUAUGACAGUUUCCACAUCAAUCUCUGCUUAGAGAAUGUGGUUAACUUGAUGCUAACCCGUUCUAGUUCAGAUAUGUCGACUAGCCUUUUCACCUUUAUUGUAUUUUCUUAAAAGUUGACUGCCUUUAGUUAAACUUGUUCCUUUGUAUAUUGUUGAACAAUUUCAUUAGUGUAAAGUGAUAUUCAUUUACUUGUGAAAAUAAAUGCCCUGUAAUCGUCUCGA